AUGGACUAUGUCUCUUGGCUCUCCUGGGAACGCCUUGGGAUCCCCCUUGAGGAGUUGGUGGAAGUGUCUGGGGGAGGGAAGUCUGGGUUCUCUCCUAAGACUGCAGCCCCUGUAAUCGGUCCUGGAGAAGCAGGACCUUCAUCUGUUGUCCUGCUAUAUAUUGUUCCUAAGACGCAUCAUGAUGCCAAACUCAUCAUCAGGAUCGGGAGACCAGCGCUGAAACCAGCAAGCCCAGCGCUAAAACCAGCAAGCCCAGCGCUAAAACCAGCAAGACCAGCGCUAAAACCAGCAAGACCAGCGCUGAAAACCGUCAAGACCAGCGCUGAAACCGUCAAGACCAGCGCUGAAACCGUCAAGACCAGCGCUGAAACCAGCAAGACCAGCGUUAAAACCAGCAAGCCCAGCGCUAAAACCAGCAAGCCCAGCGCUAAAACCAGCAAGCCCAGCGCUAAAACCAGCAAGCCCAGCGCUAAAACCAGCGAGCCCAGCGCUAAAACCAGCAAGAUCAGCGCUAAAACCAGCAAGAUCAGCGCUGAAACCAGCAAGACCAGCCCCAGCGCUAAAACCAGCAAGAUCAGCGCUAAAACCAGCAAGACCAGCGCUAAAACCAGCAAGACCAGCGCUGAAAACGUCAAGACCAGCGCUGAAACCGUCAAGACCAGCGCUGAAACCAGCAAGACCAGCGCUGAAACCAGCAAGACCAGCGCUAAAACCAGCAAGCCCAGCGCUAAAACCAGCAAGCCCAGCGCUAAAACCAGCAAGCCCAGCGCUAAAACCAGCAAGCCCAGCGCUAAAACCAGCAAGCCCAGCGCUAAAACCAACAAGCCCAGCGCUAAAACCAGCAAGACCAGCGCUAAAACCAGCAAGACCAGCGCUAAAACGAGCAAGACCAGCGCUAAAACGAGCAAGACCAGCGCUAAAACCAGCAAGAUCAGCACUAAAACCAGCAAGAUCAGCGCUAAAACCAGCAAGCCCAGCGCUAAAACCAGCAAGACCCACGCUAAAACCAGUAAGCCCAGCGCUAAAACCAGCAAGAUCAGUACUAAAACCAGCAAGACCAGCGCUAAAACCAACAAGACCAGCGCUAAAACCAGCAAGCCCAGCGCUAAAACCAGCAAGCCCAGCGCUAAAACCAGCAAGCCCAGCGCUAAAACCAGCAAGCCCAGCGCUAAACCAGCAAGAUCAGCACUAAAACCAGCAAGAUCAGCACUAAAACCAGCAAGCCCAGCGCUAAAACCAGCAAGACCCACGCUAAAACCAGUAAGCCCAGCGCUAAAACCAGCAAGAUCAGCACUAAAACCAGCAAGCCCAGCGCUAAAACCAGCAAGACCCACGCUUAAACCAUUAGCAGAAGAGCUGCAGGAUACAGUCGACAGUCCAGAGUCAACAGAGCUGUUAAACCUGCUCUCCAAACCUCAUGUACAGACUCUUCUGUUAGUGCAUGACGUGGUGGCACAGAAAAGGUUUGACCCUCGGUUGCCUCCUCUGCCCCCUUUACCUGAUUACAACGAAGAAGAUGAAGAUUCAAUCAAGAUUGUUUGCCUGGUUAAAAACCAGGAGCCAUUGGGAGCCACCAUAAAGAGAGACGAGUCCUCUGGAGCUAUAAUUGUGGCUCGGGUCAUGAGAGGAGGAGCUGCUGAUAGAAGCGGUCUGAUUCAUGAAGGUGACACGCUCAAGGAAGUCAAUGGUGUUCCGGUGGAGGACAAGAACCUACAGGAAAUCCUCCCUAUACUAGCCAAGUCAGAAGGAGCGGUGACCUUUAAAGUCGUCCCAGGCACCAAAGAAGAGCCAGAGACCAACGACACCCAGGUCUUCGUGAGGGCCCUUUUUGACUAUGAUCCUCAAGCAGAUCCUGCUAUUCCAUGUAGAGACGCCGGGCUGGAGUUCCAGAGAGGAGAUGUUUUACAGAUUGUGAGCCAAGAUGAUGACACCUGGUGGCAGGCCAGACGACACGGUGACGCCAACCUCAGGGCCGGACUCAUUCCUUCAAGACAGCUUCAGGAAAGGAGAGUGAUGUUACAGAGGCCUGAAGUUUUGUUCCACUCACCCAGAGUUUCAAGGGCGUUCAGUGCUGGUGUAAGAAGAAGUUUCCGACUGAGCCGGAAGAAAAACACAAGCCAAGAGGUGAAACAGAAGAUUGCGGAAGUGCAUUCUGGGAUACAUUUACCAAUAUAUCAGGAGGUCCUGCCUUACCAGAGAAAGCCUGAAGAGCCUUACCGCCUUGUGCUUCUAACAGGGCCUAGCGGGGUUGGUGUGACCGAGUUGAAGAGAAGACUUUUACUCUCAGAUCCAGAACACUUUGGUGUGGCUGUGCCAUAUACCACUCGGGAGCGGAGAAAGCAAGAGAAAGAUGGGGUGGAGUACCACUUUGUCUCUAAACACACGUUUGAAAAAGAUAUCCUCGACCACAAAUUUUUGGAGUAUGGUGAACAUAAUGGAAACUACUAUGGCACGAGUCUGGAUUCGGUGCGCAGGGUACUAACGGAGAGCAAGGUGUGCCUGCUGGAUGUAAAGCCACAUUCCAUAACAGCCUUGUACACUUCUGAGUUUAAACCCUAUGUUGUCUUCGUGAAGCCGCCGUCAAUAGAACAAUUGAGACUGAGCCGAAGAAAAGCGAAAGUUCUGACAAGUCAGAAUGAGCAAAUAUCUACAAGAAUAUUUACGGAGGAGGACUUCCAGAAUAUGAUUUCCCUCGCUCAAUCCAUGGAGAAUAACUACGGCCACUUGUUUGAGAAAGUGAUCAUCAAUGAGGAUCUGGCUGCGGCUUUCACUGAACUGAGAGCCGAACUGGCGAAGGCAGAAACUGAGACUCGCUGGAUCCCAACUACAUGGGCUCACGUCUGAGAAAGCCAUUCAUGUUCACCGAGCCACUCAGACACAUGAUAACUUUUGACUGUGUUUUGGAGAUCUCUCUGCAUAUGAAAAAGGCACAGCAUAUUAUUGUAAUUAUACGCUUAUAAGCAGUGCGCGCUGGCCCGUCAUGAAUCAGCUCUAUU